AUGGACUUGCUUAGGAAUCUUGGAUCGGCUGCUGUCUCGUCUCUGGUGCAGAAAUCCGGUCUAAAUUUGCCCUUUUCUCUUGGAGAGAAGAACACGUACUUUGAGGGUAGAACAAUCUGGACACUUUACGAUGGUACAAAGAGGGAUGAUGGAACGCCAGUAUCAGUUUUUAUCUUUGACUCGAAUCAGCCUCCUAGGAGAAAUUUACUUCCCCUGGCAAAGAAUGCUUUGCGAAAGCUGCGCACCGUUCGGCAUCCGGAUGUCCUCAAAUUUAUCGAUACUGCGGAGUCGGAUACUAUUGUCUACAUUAUGACAGAGCGCGUAAAACCAUUGGGACAAGUACUGCAGUCUUGGUCGACAAAGGGUGCGAAAGAGCGCGAGGAGUGGAACGUGUGGGGCUUGCAGCGCAUAUCAGUCACCCUGGCCUUCGUAAACGACUCUUGUGCAUCAACACAUGGGAACGUGCGCAUAGACUCAAUAUUCUUGUCCCCCUCUGGUGAAUGGAGACUUGGUGGAUUUGAACUUCUCAGUAAUGCUAAGGACGACCAAGCCGUCCUUUAUACCCUUGGAAGUGUCUUGCCCGAUUCUAAUAGGCAUGCCUCCCCUGAAGUCAAAAAGGCUGGCUGGUCAUCUUUGAAAGAGCACCACCCAGCAGUUGCAGAUGCAUAUGCCCUAGGUCUCCUCAUCCACUCCAUAUUUAAUCCGAAUGCACCCCUACCAGCAACAGCAGACCCACCCCAUCCUCCUCCUCCUGCCUCCUCACGUGGUGCAAUUCCCCCACCAAUUUUCACUCAGUACAAGAAGCUCCUUAAUCCCAAUGCAAAAUCACGCAUAUCCCCUGCUGCUUUUCUCGAAAUCGGUAUGGGGCAGACAGGAGAAGGCACUGGAUUUUUCGCGAAUAAUACCUUUGUCCGCAUGUGCGAAGGUCUGGAUCAGUUCAAUAUCAAGGGAGAGGCUGAGAAAGCAGUUUUGCUUAAAUCGAUAAAAGAUUCAGCAUCGACUCUGCCACCCGAGUUCGCAUCGCAUCGAGUGUUACCAUCCUUAGUAUCUGCGCUCGAGUUCGGUGGUGCAACAGCAAAUACGAUUCUCCCCAUCGUUUUGCAAUUAGGUGUUCAUGCCUCCCCGACGGACUAUCCUACGAUAGUCCUUGCUCCGGUUACAAAACUUUUCGCUAGCCCCGAUCGUGGAACACGCAUAGCACUACUCGAACAUCUUUCCGAAUACGCCGACAAGCUUGAUAAUAAGACUGUUGCAGAUAAAAUUUGGCCGCAUCUUCAAACGGGAUUUACGGAUACGGUUGCAGUUAUUCGGGAGGCUACGGUUAAAUCAAUUGGUCUUCUUUAUCUUAAGUUCAAUGAUAGGAUACUCAACAACGACCUUCUCCGACAUCUUGCGAAGAUGCAAUCAGACCCAGAAUCCGCAAUACGAACAAAUACUUGCAUUCUUAUUGGACGAUUGGGACCUUCGCUAGGUUACAAUACGAAGAAAAAGGUGCUCGUCCCAGCCUUCGCACGAGCACUCAAAGAUCCGUUCGUACAUGCAAGAGUGGCUGGCCUUAUGGCAUUCAUGGCAACGAUUGAUUGUUUUGACGCUGAGGAUCUUGCGACGAAGGUCAUUCCGAGUAUAUCAUCCACGCUGAUCGACAAAGAAAAGCUAGUACGAGACCAAGCAUUCAAAGCUAUGGAUCUCUUUAUCAAGAAAGUGGAAUCCCAUGCAGCAUCGAUGGUACGGCUCUCAAUUCUAGAAGAUAUUUAG